AUGGCCAAGAAGAAAUUAAGAGGGCAGAAGUCCAGGAAUGGAUUUCGCACAGCCAGCCAAAAAAGCUUUAAGGCUAAAAACAGAGCAAAACCAAUUGCCACUGAUCUUAAGAUAAACAUUAGGAAUGAUGAAAAAGUUAGCAGACAGCGCCAUGAAAGCAAACUUAAUGUUGAUGAAGCUACAAAAUUAAUGGCUCAGUUAUAA